AUGGCUUCAUCAAGCUUUUCACCAGCUGCACCUCAAGUCUUCAAUGGAGAAGGCUAUCACAUAUGGGUGGUCAAAAUGAAGACCUACCUACAGGCAUACGAUCUGUGGGAGGUGGUCAACUCAGAUGUUGAACGAGAACCACUUAGAGGCAAUCCAACGAUGGCUCGGAUCGAGCGACAUCUUGAUGAGAGGACCAAGAGAACUGGGACAAGUUGCGGGAAGAGUUUCAAGGGACGAGAGGACAAAGCGACAGCAGUUGUUGAACUUGAGGAGAGAUUUGAGAAUUUGAAGAUGAAGGAAGAAGAAAGCUGUCAAGCAAUAUUACAGCGGGAUUAUGGCGUGGUUAACGACAUCGAGCUCCUUGGAGAGCGGUUCAAUGAAGCUAGGAUAGUGGAGAAGGUUAUAGCAACUCUGCACGAGAGGUAUGAGGCAAAAUCUCAUCUCUCGAGGACUCAAGGAUCAUCCACCAUCUCCACGACGAGUUGA